CUUUCACUGAAUAGUUUAAAAUGUCCUGUAUCACACCCUGGCAUAACCACACAGAAGAGAAGCAGCACAGGUGUUUGUCCAUCUGAUUCUGACGUUUGACAAAUUUAAAGUCUUAGUUCGAUUUGAUCAGUGCUCAUGGAGGUCAAAUUUCUCUUGCUUUCUAUUGUAUAUGUGCAUACAUGUGAUGCCUCUAUACGCAAUUUCACUGUUACGACACAGCCUAAUAAGACAACAGAAAACUCCAGUACGGGAGGGAAAAACUCUUCAGAAAAAGCAGCCACAACCAGUUACCCAAAAAUAACUCCAGAUGCCUCUAUACGCAAUUUCACUGUUACGACACAGCCUAAUAAGACAACAGAAAACUCCAGUAUGGGAGGGAAAAACUCAGCCACAACCAGUUACCCAAAAAUAACUCCAGAUCCCUCUAUACGCAAUUUCACUGUUACGACACAGCCUAAUAAGACAACAGAAAACUCCAGUACUGGAUGGAAAAACUCUUCAGAAAAAGCAGCCACAACCAGUUACCCAAAAAUAACUCCAGAUGCCUCUAUACGCAAUUUCACUGUUACGACACAGCCUAAUAAGACAACAGAAAACUCCAGUACGGGAUGGAAAAACUCUUCAGAAGAAGCAGCCACAACCAGUUACCCAAAAAUAACUCCAGAUGCCUUUAUACGCAAUUUCACUGUUACGACACAGCCUAAUAAGACAAUAGAAAACUCCAGUACAGGAGGGAAAAACUCUUCAGAAAAAGCAGUCACAACCAGUUACCCCAAAAUAACUCCAGAUGCCUCUAUACGCAAUUUCACUGUUACGACACAGCCUAAUAAGACAACAGAAAACUCCAGUACGGGAUGGAAAAACUCUUCAGAAAAAGCAGCCACAACCAGUUACCCAAAAAUAACUCCAGAUCCCUCUAUACGCAAUUUCACUGUUACGACACAGCCUAAUAAGACAACAGAAAACUCCAGUACUGGAUGGAAAAACUCUUCAGAAAAAGCAGCCACAACCAGUUACCCAAAAAUAACUCCAGAUCCCUCUAUACGCAAUUUCACUGUUACGACACAGCCUAAUAAGACAACAGAAAACUCCAGUACUGGAUGGAAAAACUCUUCAGAAAAAGCAGCCACAACCAGUUACCCAAAAAUAACUCCAGAUGCCUCUAUACGCAAUUUCACUGUUACGACACAGCCUAAUAAGACAACAGAAAACUCCAGUACGGGAUGGAAAAACUCUUCAGAAAAAGCAGCCACAACCAGUUACCCAAAAAUAACUCCAGAUCCCUCUACACGCAAUUUCACUGUUACGACACAGCCUAAUAAAACAACAGAAAACUCCAGUACUGGAUGGAAAAACUCUUCGGAAAAAGCAGCCACAACCAGUUACCCAAAAUUAACUCCAGGUGCCUCUAUACGCAAUUUCACUGUUACGACACAGCCUAAUAAGACAACAGAAAACUCCAGAACGGGAGGAAAAGAAUUACCCACAACCGGUUCCCCAGAUAUACCUCCAGAUGAUAUCAUUGAGCUCAUUGUCAUCACUGAAGCAUUUAAUACAUUUAGAGAGCCAAGUAACUGCACCGAUCUGAAUUGCAACAAGACUCAACAGAACUCAUACAGCCUAUCAGAGAAGUCUGUUAACUUCCUCAAAGGCCUGCUGGUCACACGCAUCAUGCCCUCGUUCUACAUCAUCUUCCUCUUCAUCGGUUUGCCCCUGAACGCUUUGGCCUUCAUCACGUUCACCUGUAAGAUUCGAGAGAAGAAACCAGCUGUGAUCUACAUGACUCACCUGGCGUGUGUGGAUCUGCUCUUCACCCUGCUGCUGCCUCUGAAGAUCCACUACCAGAUGAAUGCUUCAGAUUGGGUGUUCGGUGAGGCGGCGUGUCGCUUGAUCACUGCAGCGUACUACUGCUACAUGUACUGCUCCAUACUGCUGAUGAUGUGCACGAGUUUGGACAGACUACUGGCCGUGGCGUUUCCCAUUCCUUCUUUAUCCUGGAGGAGCGCACGGAAAGCCACAUACAUAUGUGUGCUGGUCUGGCUGCUGUCGCUCGCUGGUACCGUGCCGCUUCUCACCAUAACACAAACAUUCAAGAUAAAGGAUGUGGGGGUCACUUGCCACGAUGUGUUGUAUCAAAAAGAGAUGUAUAUGUACCUGUUCUCCUUCCUCUCCUCUUUCUACUUCUUCUUGCCGCUAGUCGUCACCUUAGUGAGUUACACUACCAUCAUAUAUGUGCUCACUAACAAGCCUGAUCACUUGGCAUCAUCAUCUUCAGGAAUGGAAAGGAGAGCUGUGAUUAUGGCUAUAGCUGUGCUGAGUGUGUUUGUAAUGUGCUUUGCACCAACCAAUAUCAUCUUGUUUUAUCACUGUGUUAGUUUAACCACCGGGGGCAGCUCUGAGGGGCAAUAUUACGUGAUUGCUCUGUGUUUGGGGAGUGCAAGUGUUUUUCUGGAUCCUCUUCUCUACUACUAUGGCUCAUCUCAAUGCAGAGAGAAGAUCAGCUCUCUGAUCUGGUGGAGGAAGACUAAAAACCCCACCACACUAUCAAACACAUAAAGUCAAACAAAAUCGCCCGAAUUGAGCUGCAAGUGCACUCAAGCUCACAUUCACGAUUAGCAUCUAAAUUUAACAUCUGUGAACAAGCUGUGCAAAAGUGCAUGCACACAUUGAUUUAUCUUCUGAAGGUUUAAUGGUCCUUUACCCACUUGUAAACUCUUGUAUGCUUUACUAAAGAUUUAUUUAUAAAUGCACAUUCUUUAUUGCUUUGAUAAUUGCUUUUUUUCCAGGUUAAGUCAACUGCAUUUAAUUGCAAGUUUUAAAUGACUGGAAUGAUAUGAUUAUUUUUAAUGUUAGUUGCAAAUGUAUAAACAUAUAACGUGUAGCAUGUAUACAACUAUAUUGCAUCUUUAAAGCUUUAAAACAUUGUAUUUUUAACACAAAAAUUGAAAUGCAUUUAGCUUGCAUCUCAAGGUGUCUGUAAAAUAUAUAUAGUCUUGAUUUUUGUUGCAUGAUCAUUGAAGCAUGUAUCAAUGCUGACAAUUGUAACUUUCCUAUUUAUAAUCUACUGUACUAUAUAAAUAAAAAAUAAAAAUAAAU